UGGUCGCUGCUACAACAGACCAACACUAACGCCAAAAAAAAAAAAAAUUGAUUUUACAAUAACAAAAGAAAGAAGUAGAGAAGUAAGGAGGUCCUUAAAAUGUUCGAAUCUAGUGCUUUUCUGCUUGGGCUUCUGUUCAGCCUGGGCUGCAUUGCUCAUGGCAGCGAUAUUACGGACAAGGUCUUCGGGAAUAUCAAGGAGGGCAUUGUCGCAGCCUUUGGAGACUUCAACUCGGACGAGCUGACGGACAUAUUUGUCAUCCGUGAUGACAUGAAAACGCUGCAGAUACUCUAUGGUCACGACACGGAACCAUUGCUCAUCCUUGGGCCGUUCUGCACCUACGCUGAUAAGACGAUUGUCAGUGUUGUCCCGGGCGACUUUGAUGGUGAUGCGCUGAUGGAUGUGCUGGUGAAUCUCAAGAACGACGACAAGGAAAGCUAUGACGUGUACAUCAAUUGGGGCAACACGACAGAGAUAACCUGCUCCAAGAAGCCGCUCUUUAAAAGUAUUGGUGAAGUGAUGGCUCUUGACUUUAACCGGGACAUGAUCCUCGACUUAUAUGGCCUCGACAGCUAUGGUGAGCGCACUUUCUGGAUAUUUAACAGCAGCCGAGAGCAGCCCCAGAUGGUCCAUCAGGCCGUGCCAACUGGAAGUGGCGGAAAUAGUCUCAGCAUACCAAAUGCUAAUGCCUAUUUAGAUUUGAAUGAGGACUUCCUGGCCGAUUUAUUUCUGCAGACACAGGACUCCUAUGAGAUCUGGUACGGAGUUAAUGAACGCGAUAUGCAGGAGAACUUUAGCUACCAAUACUCCAUAAAGUUCCAACCGAUUGGCGGCAAUGACUACCAUAUUGGCCAGGCCGUCUUCAUGGACUUUGAGCUGAAGGGUGUGCAAAACAUUGUGAUUCCGUUUUGUAUUCUUGCGAACUGCCGCAACUCCUCAAUAAUGGUCCACGACGGUAAUGACUUUCGGAAUCUUCAUGUUAACUUUAGGGAUCCCCAGGGCAUUACGUGGGCGUUGGUGCCGCCCGUUCCGGGUGAUGUUUACUUGAGGACCAUUACGGCUAGAAGUGGGGACUUUAAUUUGGAUGGCUAUCCUGAUCUUCUCCUCACCUUGCAGCCGUUAAACGUAGCUAAGCCGGUGAUGCAAACUUUCCUACUGGAAAAUGUUCCCUGCACCACAUGCGAGAAGUCGUCGAAGCGGACAUUUGAGGUGCGCUGGAACGCCCUGUCACCCAUGGGAAACAACACAGUGGCUGGAGCCUUCUAUGAUUUCUAUCAGGACGGAGUGCUCGAUGUGAUUCUCAUCCAGAAGAAUCGGAACGGCAGCUACCGUCCCCUUGCAUUCCGCAAUACACUUGACUACGAUGCCAACUUUGUCAAGGUUAUUGUUCUGACAGGACUGGAUAACAAACAAAAUUCAGAGCGUCGCACUCCUCUGGGAAGGAAGAAGCGUACAUACGGAACCAAUCUCCCUGGACCGCGCAUCACCUACAGCACAACGACUCAAGAUGGCGAUCAGCAGUGUGGUAGCAGUGUGCAGUUGCCUCAGGCAUCAUAUUUUGCCCUCCAACUGCCGUACACCUGCUUUGGCCUGGGGCGAACACCCAACUUUGUAGAUCAGCUGGCCGUAGGCCUGGGAAGCAAAUGGCGCAAUUGGACACAGCUUAUUCCGAACUCACAGAUCAUUGUGGUGCCCAAGCCACUGGAUGAGCCAUCGCACUGGAAGGCUCAGCUGUUUGUGACCCCCAGCAAAUUGAUCCUGAUGAGUGUUGUGGCACUUGGAGGCACUUGCCUGGUCAUUAUCCUUAUCAUAUUGGUGCUGUACAUCAAAGAAAAGCGUGAGGAUAAACAGGAGCGCUUGCAAGAGUCUCAUAGAUUCCAUUUCGACGCCAUGUAACGCGAUAAACAAACUUUAAACUAAGAAAUCUUUACGUGUCAGCAUAGAAAGUUGAUUAAUUUUAUUAUUAUUAUUAUUUAAAAUUGUAUAAUAUGCCCAAUAUAAGGGCUCCUCUAAACUGGUUCCAUUUGUAGCUACAAUAAUAUGUCUUUAGUAAUUUAAAAGAAUUUCCAUAUUCUGUUUGAGCCACUAAAGAUGUCACUUCACUUCGAUGCUACUAAUGAAUGCAGUAGAGUAUGCCCCUCAACAUAUGAUAAUAUACGAUUAUGGUUCAAGAAAUGUGAUAAAAUAUAAAAUUGAUAAAGAAUAAUCAUA